GCAGCCCUGCAGGGAGGGAGGGAGAGAGACUGCAGGAGGGCAGGAAGGAGACACACCUCACUCCACUCAGGGAGAGACACCUGCAAACACACAGAUCCGGGACAGGCAGGAGACACCCGAGCUAGAGACUGCACCCACCACCCCAGCCUCCCCUGCUGCACCCCAACACUCCAAGAUGGCAUCUGCCAGCGACACCCGCCAGCCCCAAAAAGAUGCUGCUGACCAAAGUUUUGACUACAUGUUCAAACUCCUGAUCAUCGGCAACAGCAGCGUAGGAAAAACCUCCUUCCUUUUCCGAUAUGCAGACGAUUCCUUCACUUCGGCUUUUGUCAGUACAGUGGGGAUCGACUUCAAGGUCAAGACGGUGUACAGGAACGAAAAGAGGGUCAAGUUGCAGAUCUGGGACACAGCUGGUCAAGAGAGGUACCGCACAAUCACAACAGCAUAUUACCGUGGCGCCAUGGGUUUCUUGCUCAUGUAUGACAUCUCAAACCUGGAAUCCUUCAAUGCUGUGCAGGACUGGGCAACCCAAAUUAAGACAUAUUCCUGGGACAAUGCGCAGGUUCUGUUAGUAGGAAACAAGUGUGACCUCGAAGAUGAUCGAGUGAUCGCUGCUGAGGAUGGGCGGAAACUUGCUGAGGAACUAGGAUUUGAGUUUUUCGAGGCCAGCGCUAAAGACAACAUCAAUGUGAAGCAAGUAUUUGAACGUUUAGUGGACAUCAUCUGUGAGAAGAUGAACGAGAGCCUGGAGAAUGGACCUGUCCCAGGGAGUGGCACUGCCCAGCUCACUGAGUCUGCCCCCAAAGACAACAGCAACUGCUCCUGUUAGAACGCCACCGUCAGUAAAAUAACCCACCCAAUUCUGAUAGACUGCUCCUGUUAGAUGCUCAGCAUGGCCACCAGUGAACUGCUGCUCUAAGACGGAGCCAACAGCAUCCCUUUAUUGACCUCCAACAGCCAAUGAGGGGCAUGGUGACUGCUCUUGUAGAACUGACAGCUGAGCAGAACUGCUCCUACCAAACCGUUCUAUAGAUAUAACAAGAUUUCCUUUAUGUAGGCCCUACAUAUACUGGCACUAGGCUAUAGGGACACUGCCAAACAGAUUGAGAAAUGAAGAGGAAGCGACGAGAAGUCCAGUUUUUUGGAGACCAAAAUGUACAUCCCUAAUACAGAUUAUAAGCAUUUAGGUGAAACCUUGGAUUCCCCAAAGAGGAGAAAUGUUACAGACUCCCAUCUGAUCAGAAAGAUCUCUAGGUGGGGAAACCCUUACUCGGCCACCAAAACAGCUCUAUGCAUGGUACUGCAACACUCCUAUACUGGCAGGGUUGGGGUUGAGGGAACCAGGGGAGUCUGUUUUAUACACUAAGUGCCAAAGAUGAACCCACCGUGACCUUAAAUUCUUAAUUCGUUGAUGCUUCUGAAGUAACACAUUACAGAUGCUCUGCAUGUAUUUUAAUCACUCCACUUUCUAAAGGGGGUUCUACAGAAAUGACUGGGGUCUUAAUCAUUGUGGGUGAAGCUUUGAACCCCUGUGAAUAUCAUGCAGCUGUCUAUAAUGCCUGUGUAACUUCUACUGUCUCGUCUAAAAACAAUUGAGAUGUUUACAUUUUUUUAAUAAAAGGAAUUUUCCUUUUAUUGCAUCUGC